AUGUACCGAAGCGCCGUCCGGUCGACGCCUCGCGCCGUGAGCGCCGCCCGCCAGUCGGCAAUUCGCGCAGCCCCUCGACGAUUCGCCUCGACGACACCUGCCGACAAGCCCCGGUCAUGGAAGGGUGCAGCAUUGAGAUGGGGUCUUGCCGCCGGUGCCGUCUAUUGGUAUAACACGAGUCCGGUCUUUGCCGAGGAGCCUCUUCCGCGAACGAUCCCUGCCCCGUCCCAGUUCUCCGAGUCCGACCUCACCACUGUUGAUGCCAUCGUCGAAGAGAAGCGCAAGCGGGCCAUUGUGAAGGCCGAGGAGGCCAAGCCUGCCCCUGCCGCCGCCCCCGUCCCGACAGAAGCGAGCGAGAAGACUCAGGAGGUACUUCAGGGCGGCGAAGAUGCGCCGGCUCCCGGCUCCCCCGAGGCUCUGGAGGCCGAGGCCGGCCAGCAGGGUGCAUUCAACCCCGAGACGGGCGAGAUCAACUGGGACUGCCCAUGCCUCGGCGGCAUGGCUGACGGCCCUUGCGGCGAGGAGUUCAAGGCUGCUUUCAGCUGCUUCGUCUACUCCAAUGAGGAGCCCAAGGGCAUGGACUGCAUCGAGAAGUUCCAGGGAAUGCAGACUUGCUUCCGGAAAUACCCCGACAUCUACGGCGCUGAGCUGGCCGACGACGACGAGGCCCCCGAGGGCGCCCCGCCCGCCCCCGAUGCCAGCACCGACGCGACCGAUGCCCCGCCCGCCGCGAAAAAGGAGACCAAGGCUGACUCCCCAGACCAGGCCCCCAGGGCCGAGAUCAAGAGCGAGUCGGAGGAGAAGAAGGCCGCGGCGAAGCCCGACGCCCAGGAGCAAAAGAAGGAGGCCCCGAAGGUGCCCGAGCCCGAGCCCGUCGACCUCACCCAGCCCAACACCAAGGCCACAGAUGCCACAGCGGCCAACAACAACAACUAA